UUAAACUUAUUACAUAAUAUACAUAAAUAAACAUUGAUGUAAAGAAUGAUUUAUUCAUUGUUUAUUUUUCUCAGCUAACAAAUAGGACAAAAUGUAACGGAUCUACACCGUACCGUUUUGUUAUACUCAUGUGUUUUUGGCUUUCUCACAGGACACGUGUGUAAUUGGAAUUUGCUUAUUUUUUUAUAAUUUGAAGGAUUAUUUUUUUUCAAACUUACAUACUUAACCAUGUUAAUGGAAAUACAUAUAUAGCGGAACUAAUAGUUCAUUGCAUAGAAGGAUGAAGUGGAGUAAUUUUGAUGUAAACAUUUUGAAUUUGUUGUUAUCUAGGUUGCUAUCAUGGCGGUUCCUUUUUUACUUCUAGUGUUAAUAUAUGUGCACUUCCCGAAGUCAACAGAAAAUGAAGUGCAUUACGUGUCUAAACCGUCAGUAAACUGUCUUCACAUAGAAGAGCCAGAAAACUUUACCAACAAAUCAAAUCCACUUGGAGAAAAAUGUGAACUAGAUUCUUCAUUUGUGAUUGAAUAUUGUAAAGCCGAUGAAUCACACCAUGACUGUAGUAACUGCAAUGGACAGAUUCUGCCAAAUAUUUGUUUUUGUGACAUUGGCCAACAGUGCAACAACGAUGCACCAAGGAAAAAGAGUUGUACAUGGUGCAAAGAACAUUGUCCAUGUUUGCAUAAUGGAAAGUGUAUAUGUGACUGGACAGCUGCAACAGCUGCAGACCUUCGAUGCAAAUGUCCAGAAGGGUAUGAUGGCUUAUAUUGUGAAAAUAUACCUUAUCGUACUUGCAAAAAAGAUUAUGUAACAACAGAAUUAGAGAACUGUACAAUAAGUAGAAAUGAAACAUGUUUUAUUGACGAUGAUGGGUCAAAACUGAAGUGUACAAUAUUAAAAAAGGAAGACAAAUCAAUUCCGAACUGCAGCUCUGACGUCACUAUAAUAACGAAAUCACCAAUGGAUCAUAUGGGAUUGCCAAACACUAGUGGCGGAAGUUGUUUUCUAAUAUGUUAUGAAUUGAUCAUUCUAGUUUUGGUGAUUACUAUAUUCCAAUGAAUGUAUUAUUUAGUUGAUGUGAGCCGUAACAUGCAUAUAUCUUU